UGAGACCGUCGUUUAAAAAAUCGUCCUCAUAAAACGUGGGUUUCGUUUAAUUCAUUAUAAAUCGUGGGAGCAUUUCAAUGAACAUAUAUAUAUAAUUGAAGCUACUCAUUGUGCGAACGUUUGAAAAUGUUUACCAACAACUUAUGAACAGUCUUGAAUGCGACUCCACAGCCUUCGUACACCUGACGAUGGUGACCGUAGUGGAGCUGCUGAGUCUCUGCCUGGUGUCAGUGCUGUGGGGCUGCACCAACCCUUUCCUGAAGAGAGGCACAGAGGGCAUUGAAAAUGUGACAAAUACCAACAGAGUGUCUCAGCUACUGGCUGAGGUCAAGUUUCUUUUCCUUAACAUCAAGUACCUGGUCCCUUUUCUUCUGAACCAGAGUGGCUCUCUGGUCUACUAUUACACGCUUUCCACCACAGAGUUAUCGCUUGUUGUUCCUGUUGCCAACUCUCUCACCUUCCUUUGCACUCUGCUCACCGGCAAGUUACUGGGUGAAGAGUUCGGAGGCAAACAGGCUGUUGCGGGAAUGUUUCUCACCAUGGCUGGCAUCACCCUGUGUGUUAUAAGCUCCAUUGAUGACAAAGACACUGGGAGGCAGAAUGUCACCCAGCCUGUGCACUAACUGAGAUCAGGAUUAGAACGAAUUCCUCUGUACCUUCAUAUGAUGCCUUAGCAGGGAAGGAAGGAAGGAAGGCCGCAGCAGAGUUAGAGCAGGACCGGAGGGGGGCAAUUUAGAUUCAGGCAACAUCUCCUUAGUGAAACAGUUCUGGUGGGAGAAUUGUGCCUAAAUGAACUCAGCGUGAGCUGCAGAGGACCUGUCCAGAAACUUUUCCACUGAGUUGAAGGGGAAGUGAGUUCACGUAGGGUUCAGCGCAGAGCGAGACCAGAUUUAUGGUGCUCACAUAGAAAUCGGUGGUUGUUAACUUGUAAGCACUCUGCUGCGCCGCCAUGUGACCGGCAUCUGCAUAAAAAUAGAGACCACGUUCAAAUAAGGCUGUGGUUUGAAAUGGACCAAUUAGGUGUCAACUCCUGGUUUAACAGGGACAUUUUAUUGCAGCUGUCUUCUGUCCACUGUGGUGUGUCUUUAGAGACACAGGAGAGGACAAAUUUCUGUUUAGCAGGAAGAUAAUGCUUGUCCUUGUAUACAUGAUGGUUUACUGAGGCAGAUGCAGAAGUUCUUUGCAAAAGAAGAGUCAUAAAGGACUUAGUUGCCAUAAGGGUGAGUGACCUUGUUGUGGACCGAGUUGUACAAUAUUCAGAAAUAAGUCACAUGCUUAGUAACAUAUAUUUUUUAUUGUUAAUGUAUUUAAUUGACUCUGAGCAUUGUAUAGAUGAUUUGAUAUUGUUUACAUCUGUUCAUCUUGUCACGUAGCUGAUAUUUUAAUAAUAAAUUGUUGGGA